AGGAGCAGGUUUACGCCAUCCCAAUGACGGCUAUAUUGCUGAUUCGCUGAAGGCGAAACAUAACAUUUUCCACUGGCUCGCUCGCAAUCUUGUGGUCAGUUUUUCAUCGUGUUCAGUUACAACCAGGUCGCCGAACAGCGUGGCACCAUCACAAGUUAUUCGGUUUUAUUAGCGCAUUUUCCGGGAGUAAAAACCCGUACAACUCAAUCGAAUAGGACACAUCACGGACAUUACAUUAUAAGUGCAUUGUGUAAAGUAGUCAAGGGUAGCCGCUAGCAAAAUGUUUCGAUUGCACAGAACCACUGCUACGCAGCUAAGGAAAUAUAAGUUGAAUCGAGAGCAGAUCUUGGUUCCACGAGUGACGACGAGCUCGGUUCCGGUUCAAUAUUCAACGGAAAAUGCUCUACCGGAAAGUGCUGAUGUAGUUAUCAUUGGAGGUGGAUCGGCUGGCUGCAACACGCUUUACCAGCUGGCGAAACGUGGUGUCCGGGCGGUACUGCUGGAAAAGUCCAGACUAACGGCCGGAACUACUUGGCAUACGGCGGGUCUGGUGUGGCGCUUGCGACCGAACGAUGUCGAGAUUCGGUUGCUGGCGGCUACGCGGAAUCUACUGAUGCGGCUCGAGGAAGAAACGGGCCACAAUUCGGGCUGGAUCAACAACGGUGGAUUGUUUAUUUCGCAUUCCCCUGAACGACUGGAUGAGUAUCGCCGGUUGGCGACGCUUGGCAAGUGCUUUGGUAUCGAUUCGCAUAUUCUUACACCGGACGAGGCACAGAAAGUGUUUCCGCCGCUCGAUCCGUCCUCCUUUACCGGGGCGCUCUACUCACCGGGCGAUGGUGUCGUUGAUCCGGCCAUGAUGUGCAACUCGUUGACCAAGGGUGCGAUCGCCAAUGGUGGUCUGGUGGUGGAAGAUUGCGCCGUAUCGCAGAUCGUAACGGGGGAGAACCUGCUCGGUAUGAAGGAUGUUCGUGGUGUCGUCACCGGUAAGGGUAUGAUCCGGACGAACACAGUCGUAAACGCGACCGGUGUCUGGGGUCGGGAUCUGAUCGAACCACUCGGGGUUUACUUGCCGCUCAUACCGAUGCGCCACGCGUACGUCGUGUCGGAGACGAUGGAUAGCGUACACCAGAUGCUACCGAACGUGCGAGAUCACGAUUUUUCGUUGUACUUCCGAAUCCAGGGAAAAUCGAUCUGCAUGGGAGGGUAUGAGAAUAAUCCGAUUCUGUUGAACCGAGUACCGGGAGACUUCCAUUUUGGACUUUACGAUCUCGAUUACUCGGUGUUUGAUACGCACAUCGAGGGUGCGGUGAAGUUGUGUCCUGCCUUUGGUCAGGCUGGCAUUAAGAGUACUAUCUGCGGGCCGGAAUCGUUCACCCCUGACCAUAAGCCACUGAUGGGACCGGAUCCGACCGUUAGUGGGUUAUUCCACAGCGUUGGCUUUAAUUCGGCUGGUAUGAUGCUUGGUGCGGGUUGUGCCGAGCAGCUUGCCAACUGGAUCAUCCACGAACGCCCGGAGCAGCACAUGUUUGCGUACGAUGUGCGCCGGUUUUCGCCCAAACAAAAGAAAGCCCUAAACUGGGCGACCGAACGAAGCCACGAGGCGUACGCCAAGAACUAUAGUAUUGUCUUUCCCCACGAUGAAGCACUGGCCGGUCGGAAUUUUACCGUUGAUCCAUUCCACAAGCAAAUGAUCCAGUAUGGCGCCGUGAUGGAGGAACGUCAUGGUUGGGAACGGCCUGGGUACUUCCUUGAAGAUGAAACGGUCGUGGUGCAACCGUACGAUUGGUAUGGAUACUACGAUCAUCCCAAGAACUCCAACACGCACUACGAGGAAGCACUAAAGGGUGAUUACAAGUUCGGUUUCUCCGACCAUCACGAUCUAAUCGGCGAGGAAGCACUCACGUGUCGCCACGAUGCUACCGUCUUCAAUCUUAGCUACUUCUGCAAACUUUUCCUAACCGGUAGCCAGGCAAAGGAGGCGGCUGAAUGGAUCUUUACCGCCAACUUGGAUAAGCCCGUCAACAAGACAAUCUACACCUGUGCGCUGAACAAACGGGGCGGUGUCGAGGCCGAUGUUACCGUUAGCAUUCUGGAGUCCGGUGUUGGUGGUUUGCAUGAUCCAAUUUUCAAGGGUCGUGGGUACUACAUCGUGGCCGGAGGUGCAUCCGCUUAUCACACCAAAUGCCACAUUCUGGCGGCGAUCCAGGAGAAAGCGUUCCGGGCCGUCGUGAGCGAUCACACCGAGGAGCUCGGAGUGCUCUCGAUUCAGGGCCCCAAGAGUCGUGAUAUUCUGCAGAAGAUCACAGACUUUGAUCUGUCGAACGAUGAAGCGUUCCCACCGAACUCCACGAUGGUGCUGACGAUCAAGAUCAAUCCGCACUACAGCUGCCAGGUGCGUGUGCUGCGCGUCAGCUUCGUCGGUGAGCUCGGUUACGAGCUGCACAUUCCGGAGGAAUCCUGUAACGACGUGUACAACGUGCUGAUGAAGGCGGGUUAUAAGGAUAAUCUGCGUAAUGCCGGUUACCGGGCGCUAUACUCGCUCAGCAGCGAAAAGGGUUACCAUCUGUGGGGUUACGAUCUGCGCACGGAUGAUACACCGAUCGAGGCGAACCUGGGUUUCGUUUGUCGUAAGAAGGGUGAUUACCAGGGCAAGGAGGUGGUCGAACGUCAGCUAGCUGAGGGUGUGACGCGUCGAUUGGCAUUCUUCACACUCCGGGAACAGGUACCGAUCUGGGGAUUGGAAGCGGUGUACCGUGAUGGCGAGAUUGUUGGUCAUCUGCGACGGGGCGAGUACGGUUACACACUGCAGAAACCGAUUGGCCAGGCGUACGUGCAGCGUACGGAUGGGGCUGCCAUUACGAGUGAUUUCCUGAAGUCGGGACGCUAUCAGAUCGAAGUGAUGGGCAAAUUGUACGACGCCGAUUGCCAUCUGAGAAGUCCGUUCGAUCCUAAGGGUCAACGAAUGCUCGGAAUAUACAAAUAAAUUAUGCGCUUCUCGCCACUUAAGUGUC